AUGGGUAACAAGCAGACCAUCUUCACGCUGGAGCAACUGGACGCCUACCAGGAUGCAACAUUUUUCACCAAGAAAGAAAUUCUGAGAUUGUUUUACAGGUACCGUGAUUUGGCCCCCCAACUGGUCCCACUUGACUACACAAAAAAACCCAACGUGAAGCUCCCCUAUGAACUCAUUGGCAGCAUGCCUGAGCUGAAGGACAAUCCCUUCCGACAACGGAUCGCGGAGGUGUUCUCUGAGGACGGCGAGGGCAACAUGACCUUGGACGAUUUCCUGGACAUGUUCUCAGUGAUGAGUGAAAUGGCUCCUCGCGAUCUCAAGGCUUACUACGCCUUCAAAAUAUAUGACUUUAACAAUGAUGACUACAUAUGCAAGUCUGACUUGGAGAAGACAGUCAACAAGCUGACCCGCAAGGAGCUGACCCCAGAGGAGGUGUGCCUGGUGUGCAACAAGGUGAUCGACGAGGCAGACAUGGACAAUGACGGGAAGUUGUCCCUGGAAGAUUUCCAGCAUAUGAUUGUGCGAGCCCCCGACUUCCUCAGCACUUUCCAUAUUAGAAUCUGA